GUUAAAAAGAAAAAUGGAUACUAAAAUGCUAUCACCAGAAGAAGUGCUCUAUAUUUCCAAACAAAAGUUGGAACUAGAGCUUUUGUCAAGGCUAAAGAAGCUAGACAGGAAGAUCAUGAACAGUUUAAAUGGUUAUUCUCAUCUAAAAGAUGCUGUCAAGGAUGAACCAGAAUCCAAGAGAUUGAAGUACCAAUCUGACUAUUAUGAAAACAAGAAGCUAUUGAAAUUUAGCAAAGGAGUUAUAUCUGCAAAAUAAUAUCUUGUUUCAAGGAGACUGGAUGAGAAGCAAGAAGAAAACAUAUCAGGUUUUCAGAGUUUUAGAAAAUAGUCAGAGAAAAAGCUUAUCUCUACAUCCUCACUCUUCUGAUCCAUCUUUAACACAUCAUGCAAACUACAAGCUUUUUGAGAGAUACAUCUUACGUAUCUCCUCCUCUGCACUAGAGGGACUUCACCUAGAGAAAUUUAAAAUACCAAAGAAACAGUUCGAAGUGUUGAUGUUCCAUUCAAGGAAUUUUUCAUGGCUAAAAUUAGGUUCAUGAAAAAUAGAAUCUGAAGGAUGUUCUUUUUCUAAUGUACCUAAAUAUAAACUGAAGUGUAUUUCCUUUGAAUACUCCGGCCAUACUUCGAAUAGCGAUUGGCUUUCACACCCAAAAGGCCUAACUGAUAUUGUGUCUGCCAUAUCUAAGUGUAGCCUCAAAGAAUCGCUGCAAUUCCUUGACCUCUCGUGGAACCCUUACAUUGAAGACCAACUGAGAGAGAUCUUUGAGGAGCAUGACAUCACAGGAUUAAAAGUAUGCAGCGUGAACUUCCUUGGUGGAAAAAGGUUCUCGCUUAAAUUAUAGAAUUAACGAAUCUUCGGUUUGAUCUCAAACCAAAAGCUUUCAAUA